UGGCUGAUAUUUAUUUGUUUUGGAUUUUCUUGAAUUAAUAGUAAUUCUUGAUGAAUAGUUGAUCAAAAACCUAUGUAUUAAUCCAAAGAUCUUAAAUGUGCUGGCAGUUCAAAGCGUUCCAAUACAAGUGUAAUUGUGCGUAAUCUUGGUAUCCGUGAAUUAUUUGGUACCGUUAGGUAUUCUUUAUUUAUGAAUGUGGGAAUUUUCAACAGAGUUAAUUUUAAGAGCAAGGACAGUGAGGGCAUGUAUUCAGAAUGGAGCUCACUGCCACUGGAGGGAGGCGGGCAAGGCGUGCUGGGUGCGGUGGGCGGUCGCGACGUUGUCCUUGCCGUCGUGAAGCAGCUAGCUAGUCACCAACCCAGCCCACUCACCACAGAUACUGAGGUUGAAUGGGUGUUAGAAGUUCUGCGUUAUGGUCUAUCACUACCGUUAACAGAGCAUGAAGCGUUACGCGCGUGCGUUUACGUAUGUCACGCAUGGCUCGGUGCAUUGCUACCGCCCGCGCCGGCGUCGCAGCCUCCGCAGCCCGCCAUCCCGCCACCUUUAGCCGCAGACCCCAAGCGAUAUGCUGCCAAAAUACUCAGCCAUUUACAUAACCUUUUUGUGCCUAGAGCCGAUGACACUCUCACAUUCAUCUAUCAAAUGGAAAUAGGUGCGGAUUUGAUCAGCAAACAGGCUGUGUUGUGCCACCGCGUGCUGCGACUGGCACGGUCACUGGCAGACAGUGGAGCGCUGGGGCCGCGCGAGUGGCGUGCACUGCUGCUGCUGUUGCUGGCUGCCGCAGCCGCGCUGCUGGCGCCCCCCGCACCACAUCACGGCGCAGAGCAACUCUGCGAGCGAGUGUUAUGUGUGCUCUUUGAAGUAUGGAUACUUGCUUGUCACAGAUGUUUCCCAUCUCCGGCGCUGUGGCGAACACUACGCGAGCAGUGCGUGCGAUGGCGACACCGCGCGCCGCUCGCCGAGCAAUGGGCGCGCGCCUCGCUCUGUCUCACCGCGCGCUUGCUCGCGCACAUGUACGGACCGAUGUUCCCCGCCAUGCCCAUUGGGGAGGAGGACGUGAACCUGGUACCGGCGGAUAUGAGCGCGGAGGCGGUGAUGCAGACCUGGUACCGCAUCCUGCACACAAUCGGCAACCCCGUAGACCUCUGCCGGCCUCAUGUUAUAAGUCAGACUCCGGAGUUUUUGCAGUAUUCAAUGACGGCGGAAGAUGGUGCUCGUGAUCCCAGCACACAUCCCUGCCUCCAGGCGUUGCCUGCGAUCUUCCUGAAGGCGAUGAAGGGUGUGGCUGCGCAUGUAGACGCCUUCCUUGGACGGGGCGCAGAUUGGCGCGAGAGCUGCGGGGCGGGGGCUGGGGCCGGGGCCGGGACUGGGGCAGGACUUGGGGCGGGGGAGGGCGAGGAUGAACUGACGCCCCCCGCGCACCGCCGCCUCGCCAAGUCCUUCAGCGUGGCAUCGCGGCCGCGCGACAAGCUUGCCGAACGAAGUACUCCGCGUUCUUCGCUGAUCGGUUUGACCGGCAGUCGACCGCCUAGCGUUGUACCAACAACGCCGCCCAAUUCUAUCUCCUCACAAGUGGGCGAGACAGAGAAACCACCGUUGACUCCGUUACGACCAAAGGUUAACUCCAUCUUCCAUUUAUUUGGCGAAUGGUUGUUUGAAGCUGCACUUAUUGGUACUACACCUAAUUAUAAUACAAAUCAACCUCGAUCCGAAGGCACUCCUCCGCCGCCAUCGCUGUCUGACGCCACUUACAGGCUGAAUAUGAUGAGUUAUCAACCUGGUCGUGCGGUGGCUCUGGGCACGCUGUGUCGUGUGAUCUGCUCCAAGCAGUGCCGGGAGGAGGUGGUGGCGCCGUACUUAGCGCGUACGUACGCGGCGCUGCAGCGCGGACUGCGCGACCCCGCCACCGCCGCCGCCAUUGUACUUGAUGCGGCGGAUAUAUUCAGAUUGGACCUGGACGGUGUACUAGUAUUGGUGCCAGACUUCAUCACAGCUUUGGACCUUAUUCUGUCGGAGAGAGAGCCCAAAAUUGACUGCGGAUCUAUAGACAAGCGCGAGUUGAGGAAAGCUGCUAUCAGUCUCUUGCUGUCUCUCGUUGCUUUCCCGUACCAUUACAGAGGUCUGCCUGUUCCGGAGUUUCCUGGAUGUAAUGAAUAUGCCGGUAUGACUAUUGGUGACUACGCAAGAGGUAAACUGUCACUUAUUUGUGUGUCGGCGGUGCAAGUGGAAACAUCCGAGUCUUUGGCAGUGCCUUUGCUCAGCGCCCUCUAUCUGUGCGUGCGACACAACGCUUACGUCACCAACACCAAGUCUCACAGCGCGCCGCCCGGCUCCACAAUGUCGCACACCACAGAGUAUAAAGCGCACUCUGAGGGCGGGCGCGGCGACCACGCGCAGGACGACUACGCCGCUGACGUUAGGGACCUUGACCCAUCGUCGUCUGGCUUCGGUGCCGCUUUAGUGGUGCGGGCGACAUACUUAGUGUGCCACCGGCUGAUAUCCUCGUGGAAGGGUGACCUGCAAGUGUCUCUCGCUGCCUUGGAACUGCUCUCAGGUCUCGCCAAACUGCAUUCCGUCAAGCCUGAAUUUGUUAUUGAGGCGAUAGAGCGCAAGCGCGCAGUGCGCUGGAUCUGCGACUACAUAUCGGUGCAAUGCGGACGACCGCCGCAAGCGCACUCGCGGGACUUGCACUCGUGUGUGGUGGCCGCCUACCACUGCCUGGCUGCCUGGCUGUGUCCAGCACUGCUCGCUGACACAGACUGUCUCACUGCACUCAUGGAGGUCGUGGAACUGGGAAUAUCCGGCUCCAAGAGUCACGGUAAACCUGGCGAGCCACCUAAGAUGAAAGACGAGAAAGAACUGAAACCGGUGUCGAUGAGAGUGAGAGACGCCGCCGAGUCGCUUCUGAUGUUGAUUUUAGAACAGGGUGGUGGUGGUGGAGGCAGCUGGUGCAGGCUGGACGAGCGCUGGCUGGCGGCGCUGGGUCACGGCGCGCUGCGGCACUUCGCAGUGGAUGGCGGCGCACUGCUCUCGCUGUUGGAGGAACCCCUCGCCAACAGUCAGGAGCCACAGCCCACACUCGUCGUGAUAAUCCGCUGUGGGUGGGGACGCUACGCGUGGUCGGUGUCAGUGCGGGGUGCUCCGCGCUGUGCACAGCGUGGUGCUGCGAGCUGUGCCCGCCCCGUGCCCAUGCUGGAGCCCCCGCCCCGGGCCCCGCCCCACUGCCGCCCCCUGCCCGCAGCCCCGCCCUGCGCUGUCGACUCCGCAUUUCCGAGUCUAGAGGCGGUACUGCGUCAGCUGAACGAUCCUGAUGCUCCCGUACUGUUCAAACUCCUCGAGCAGCAGGCUGCCAUAGAGAAGCGAGUCAAAGACAACGAGGAUAAUGUCUCGGCAGCGGAGUGCACACCACCAGAGCCUGUGACAGAGUUCCAGACGGCGCGUCUCUUCCUCUCGCACUUCGGCUACCUCAACAUCGGCGGUGACAAGAAGGGCUGCGCCCCUCGUCUGACUGCAUUAGACAGUUCAGCGCCGGGCUUCCUCUCCGCACUGCGCCGUCUGGACGCGACAGGAAGUCGUUCAGCUCUCACUGUACACGUGCUGUACGCAUGCGCAGGACAACGACACGCCCACGACAUGAUCGCCAACGCGCAUCGCACAGACCUCGCACCCGCAUACAUCAACAUGUUGCGCGGUUUGGGGCGUAGUGUGUGUGUGCGCGGGCACGCGGGGUGGGCGGGACAUAUACGCGGCAGCUACGAUGCGCGUGCGCCGCCUCGCCCCGCCCCACCAUCUGCAUCUCAUACUGACAACCCACCACCCGCUAUAUACGAUGGCACACAACAGAUAUUAUACUGGUCGGACUCCACUGAUGAAAUAGCCUUCGUGGUACCAUCUGGUAACGAGAUCUUGGAGACGGAGGAGAAGCCCAGCCAGAGCGAUAGUCUCAAGUCCUAUGUAGAUGGACCCUGUGCAUCUACUUGUAGCAAGGGCAUGUCCGCGUGUAUGUCGGGGUGGGAGUCAUGUGGUGCGCCGGCGUAUGCGCGUAGUGUGAGCGAGUGCGAGCGCGGGGAGAGACGUGCACCACUCACUGACAAUACACGAGCCCUCUCCCUGGAACUGGACAAGCAGCAAGCUGCCGCUACCGGGAUCACUGGAAGUGGCAGAAGAAAUAGAGAUUUCACCGCUAAGAUACUUAUCGUAUGGCUAGAGGACUUCGAGGAUCAUCUCAAUCUACCAGUCGAUGAUUUGCUGCGGUACUGUGAGACUGGUGUGUCAUGGCGGCGGCAGGAGGUGAGCGUGGUGUGUGUGAGCGCAGUGCGGGGCGGGUUGGUGCGUGUGCGCGUGCCGGCGCCCGCUGGCGUACUGGCAGACGGUGCGCUAGUGGCGCCACGUGCGCUGCCAGCAUGUCUGCGCCGCGCCGCAACACAUCUCGCACGACGUACACGACUACAGGCAGAGCUGUACCAGCCGCCACAUGUGCGCAGACGACACAUGAUCCAGGAGAUAGCGCAGCAAUACCGGCGCGAUCUCUCAGAGCCCGAGCUACUCGAGUCUCUGUUCCGACCACCUGUAUAACAUGUUCUCUAACAUCUGCAUUCUAAACAAAUAUGUAUUUCCACUGGUGAUACCACGACCGACUACAGAUAUAGCAAUUUAGUGGAAACGAGAUCUAAGACCAGAUUUUAACUCAAAAUAUACAGAACUACAAUUAAAUCAAAUUGUUGUUGA